AUGAAAAACUCGUCACUCUCCAUCAUUCAUACUGGUAAAUUCCCAUUUGCAAAUGAUCCUAAUUCAAUCUUGGUAUGGUGUCCCAAAAUGAAUUUGAUAUUCAUAUCAAUGAAUAAAACUUCAAUUUGGUGUUAUAGAGUUGAUGGAGAAAGAAUAUAUUCUAUAAAUAACAGAUCAGUUAUCAAGUCAAUUGCAUUUUUUGAUAAUCUAUUUUGUUUAUCCGGUGUUGAUAGUCUAGUCAAGAUAUAUGAUUCAAAUGAUGGAAAAUUGGUCAAAAUUUUGAAUAAUGAGUACGAUAAUAUUCAAUUCAUAAAUUGGGUUGAAACAGCAUACAACUUAGAAGAUGAAUUAAUUUCAAACCUACCGAGAAUUCACUCAAUAUCAUCCAGUCUUAACUACUUAGUUAUCAAUGACAAGAACUCCAUAAACUUGUGCUUCAACAAACUGUUGAACAUUCGAUAUCCCCUAUCGUCACAUAUAACACAACAACUUUCGAAAGAGUUAUUUCAACAAAUUUACCUUGAUGACAAAAAUAAUCUAAUAUCUGUAAAUAUCAAUACGUCAUCAAAAAAGCUAUACGUUAAACUGGUUUUAAUGGUUUGUCAAAUCAUUGAGUAUUUAGAGCAUAUGAAUAAUACUAUUGUCAAAAUCGAGGAAGAAUUGAAACCAUUUUUAACAUUAUUUGACCGGUACCUUUCAAAUUUGAAUGAUGAAGUCAAUGGAAACUUAAUCUCAGUACUAAAUGAUAUGUUGUUGACCAACAUUAUACCAGAAUCUACAAAAGACUUUUGGUGCAAUCAAUUUGGUGAAAGAGGAUAUAAAAAAAUAAUUAAAUCAUUAGAGUCAAUAUAUGACGAUUGUGAGAAAAGAAUAUUUACUUAUUCGGCGGCACCAAUUGAGAGGAUAAUAAUAUUGUUGAACAAUCUAACAGGUAUUUGUAAGUGGAAAAAUGUCUUGGGUUUAAACGUGACUGACUUAGUUUCAAUUAUGCAAAGAUGUCAAAACUCCUUAAAAUCAUUUUACCGGUUAAUAUGGACUUUGAAAGACGAGAAGUCUAAAAUUGCGGAGUUCAUUAGUUGGUGGAAAACUAUACUCGAUAUGUUGAAUGAUCAAGAGUUUACAAGAAAUUAUUCAACCUCAAAUUUAAUCGAAUAUAUAAAUACAAACUUACUUCGAUCAGAGACUUUGAAUUACUUUCGUUACGAUCUAGACUUGAUUAAACCUGCUGACUUUCAAUCUACAUUGUUGGAAAAGCAUUUAGAAACCGAAAACAUCUUUAGUAGGAUUUUACAACAAAUCAAUACUCAUCAUCAAUCGAUCGUAACUGUUAAAUAUUCAAGGACUUUAAAAUUGAGUAAUACAAAUUUGAAAAUAAGUCAAUGGGAUGACAAAACAGUAAUAACAUACAUUGACGAGUCAAACAAUUUAAUACUAUCAACUCCAGAACAAGAUUUCGCGAAAAUCCCCAAUGUUUUAGCAUAUGAACACAGAUCAAAAGAUUUAAUAGCAUUGACUAAAGAGCACCUUUUAAUUGUUGAUACAUCUUCAUCUAUACCUUUCAAUCUACCGGAGUUAUCAUUUGAACCAAAAAAAGUCAAAUCAAAUAAAUCUUAUGUAUGUUUAACCGACAAAAUGAAUUCCGACUACGUGAUUUUGAAAGUAGAAUGA